AUCCAGUGGGCACCGAGGACCACAACGACAUUACUGAGGUGCUGACGGCAGUGCAGGCGAUGACACGUGUCCAACCUCCUAUCCCUGAGGCCCCGAUUGAGGAGGCAGCUAUGCCUACCGGCCCAAGCACGAGCACAGCUCCGGCCGGAUGUCAAUCUCGUCCGCUUGUUGCUACCCCCCAGCUUGUCCCUGCCCCCGAUCCCUCUGCAUCCACCUCACAUGCAUCUGCCAGCCCCACCAUACCUUCAUCCACCCCACAUCCAUCCCCUACCGUCACCAUCCCUUCACCCAACCCACAUUCAGCUCCUACGCCCACCAUCCCUUCACCUAGCUCACAUCCAGCCCCUACGCCCACCAUCCCUUCACGUAGCCCACAUCCAGCCCCUACGCCCACCAUCCCUUCACCCACCCCCCAUCCAUCUCCUUGCCCCACCAUCCCUCCACCCACCCCACUUCCUUGUGAUGGGUCUGACGUCCGUCCACCCACCCCACAGUCAUUUCUUCAGCUGUCACCCAUUCCAUCCUUUGACCUGGGUACCCCACCUGACAUGCAGCAGGAGCCACCCUCCCAUAGUUCGUUUAGUACCCCUUCUUCAGCCAUUGACGCACCCCAUGUUCAGGCUGAGCAGGCGGUUGGGUUACCUACAGCGGCUGAAGCUCGGCCUAAACGCAUAUCAAAGGCACCUCCGUGUGGGACAGGGGGGCACAAACAUGGACACAAUGUUGGGCCUGAGGCAUCUGACGAAGGACAUGCAAGACCUCCUCCUCAUUAUACGAGACGGCGUAAGAUUCAAAAAAGGUAGAAAUGGACAUGGAAGAGACUUGUGGAUGGAAAUGGAAAUUUAUCUGGACUGCAAGAAAGAAUGCCUGAGAAUAACAUAGUACCCCCUCUAGGAGAAGAUACACCUGAUGGUAUGCAUCAAUCCUUGGCUUUAUACCUAACAUAAUAUUGAUUUUAUCUGAUAUGGCUUGACUCAGGGGUUGUAUGUAUCUCUAUUUGUGUGUUUUCCAUAGUAUUACUGCCUCUGCAUUUAUAUGCAUUUAGCAAGUAUACUUUUGUAUCUUUAACGGCACUCUUUGCUUUACACUUAGAAUCCUUAUAAUAGAUUCUUUAAAAGUGUGUCUAUUUCUUAUGUGCCUUUUUCCUUUAUAAUGUUUGAGCUUGUGUUAAGGCUGGUUUGGAUUGAUCCGGUUAGGUAACUGAUAUCAUUUUACACAAAUGUUCCAUAAUUUUUCUUUCUUCACUUGUUUUCCCUAAAAAAAUUUGCUUUUGUUAAUAUAUCUCUAACCACAUUUGACAUAAGAAGAAAUCAAGGAAUGUGGAUGUGGAAGAUCUACAAUUAAAAUUGAAAAGGAUAAAAAGAAAAAGAAAAAUAUAAAAUCAAGACACUCAUUGAAAACAAGGAUUGUGUCAUACCAGUUGGAGUUAGCAUUGUCUAUAUUGAUUAUUCUUUUCUUCACCUCCCCUUUUCCUUUUAUUUUUAAUGUUUAAGCUUGGUUAAGGCUGGGUCAGCUGGGUAAAUGAUGAACUUGGUUGUUGCUGUGACGGUGAUGAGAGGUUACUUGUUGCAGAAUAUAUGCCUACUGAUACAUUAGCAAAGCAGUUAUUUCAUUGUGGGGAUUCAAUCACAUGCAGUGGAUAUUAGUGCAGAUGAAUGAACGUGAGAGGUAGGGUCCAAGGAAACUGAUGAAAAGGCUGAUGAGGUUCUAAAGUAGGAUAUUUUGGAUUGUUGGACGCCAAAAAAUCACUACGGAUGGACUGAAUCUGAGUGUUAAACAUGUUGGGUUUAGACCAUCUGUAAUGAUUUUCUGGAGUCCAACAAUCCAGAAUAUCCAACUUUAGAACCUCAUCAGCCUUUUCAUCGGUUUCCUUGGACCCUACCUCUCACGUUCAAGUAGCUGCACUAAUGUUGGAGCUAAUCUGAAUGAAGGUUUUGAAACCUUAAUUGAAUAAAAAGUGAGAAGGCUUAGGGAAGAAUUACAGCUACUCCAGGAGCCUGGAUCAUUCAUGCUAUUUUCUGGCUGCUGUAAUUCCUUCCUAACUCUCUCUGAUUGC